AUACACAUAUUUAUAUAAAAAUGAGUAAACAUAUGUAUUCAACAGCUAAUUUAACUGAUACUCAAUUAAAGGAGCAAGGAAAUCAAUUAUUUGCAGCAAGAAAAUAUGAAGAUGCGAUUUCAUGUUAUACAAAAGCCAUUAUUAAAAAUCCAACAAAUGGUACAUAUUUUACAAAUCGUGCAUUAUGCCAUUUGAAAUUAAAGCGAUGGGAGCAAUCAUGUCAAGAUUGUCGCAGAGCAUUAGAUAUGGAUCAGAAUUUGGUUAAACCACACUUUUUCUUAGGUCAAAGUUUAAUGGAAUUAGAAUUGUAUGAUGAAUCAAUUAAACAUCUUCAAAGAGCAUUCGAUUUGGCUAAAGAGCAGAAACAAAAUUUUGGUGAUGAUAUUACAGCUCAAUUAAGACUGGCAAGAAAAAAACGUUGGAAUGUUUUGGAAGAAAAAAGAAUUUGCCAGGAAAUUGAAUUGCAAAGUUAUUUAAAUAGACUUAUUAAAGAAGAUAUGGAAAAUAGAAUCGCAAAAUUAAAAUUAGAAGAUAAUGUAAACGAGGAUUUAAUUAAAGAAAAAAGCCAAGAAAUUGAACAGGAAUGUGAGGAUCAUAUGACUGAGUUAAAUAAUUUAUUCGCAAAAGUCGAUGAAAAACGACGAAAGCGUGAUGUACCUGACUUCCUAUGUGGCAAAAUUAGUUUUGAGAUUUUAACUGAUCCUGUAAUUACACCUUCUGGUAUUACAUAUGAAAGAAAAGAUAUUGAAGAACAUUUACAACGUGUUGGACAUUUUGAUCCAGUAACAAGGGUUAAACUAACUCAAGAUCAAUUAAUACCAAAUUUUUCAAUGAAAGAAGUUGUUGAUGCGUUUAUAGCUGAAAAUGAAUGGUCACUAGACUACUAAUAAUGUAGUGAUUAUCACUGUAUAUAGUAAUUAAAAAAAAAACAAAGUUUUAAUUAUAAUUAUAAAUUAUUAAGUUAAAAAAAAAACAAAAGAAAUAAUUAUGAUGAAGAGAAUGCAAAACUUUUUGAUGUGUGAAGCAAAAUCAAAUAAAAAAUUAUAUUGUUUAAAUCGAAUUCAUAAUUCAUAUUAAUAAAAAAAAAUAUAUAUUGUA